AGGUGGCACUUCGAGGAAGAACGACUACAGAAAAGUUGUAAGUUGUAAGAUUGCAGCGAAGUACAGUUCAGUGCACGUUUGUCUCACGAAAUUUGUUCCCAUACUCUCCAUACAUUGUGUAAUAUAAAGUGGCUGCGCGCCUGGGGAGAUGAAUCGUACUUCCUAUUUCGGAAAACUACUCGAAAAAGAUCAUUAUCUUGACAAAAGAAUACUUUAGUGCAAAGAAGACGGAGGAUCGAGUCUCAUCUGCGUGCCAGCCAGUGUAAAUCACUGGGGAAAAAAACUGAAUUCUGGUCCAUAGCCCAAGCUUGUGAGGCUUUAAUUCCUUCGCUGGAGAUUGAGCGAUCGUGCAGUAACUUUGCGACUUGCUGUUGAUCAGCUUGGUGGUAGGUCGCAGCCCUUGAGGAUGUCGUGCCGAAGCGGAGUGGGGGCUGUGCGCGGCUGCACCUCGGGUCUCCAGCCCAUGAGAGCCACGGUCCCCUUUCAGCUGAACAACAAAGCGCAGCCCGGGCCCAGGGAUGCCAGGACAGCCGAGAGGACCAAACCAGGCGCCCCAAAGCCCAACAUCCGACGCACCCUGUCCUUGGACACGGUGGUUGGGCCCUAUCUGCAGAGCCAGUGGCCCAAGGAGCUGGACCCCGAGGGCAUCUGCAGCCUGAGUGACAAGGCCACACAGACGCCCAGUUCGUGGCCAGAGGAGGCCCAGGUGCGGAGAGCGGGCAGCGGGCACAAGCGCUCAGCAUCAUGGAGCAGCGCGGAGCACCGGCGAGAGCUUGCCAAAUUGAAACAGCACCUCCAGCAGCGCUCCAAACGUGGGGGUCGUGAACGGGACCAGGCGCCCUGGCUUGGGGGCAGCUCUGCAGGGACCACCCAGACGACACCCAUCGCCAUCCCGCUCGCGCCCCUGGUCAGGCUGGCCCCCCGCUUACGGCACAGCAUAGAGGGCCUCAACCAGGAGCUGGAGGGCGUCUUUGUGCGGGAACAGCCAGAGGAGCGGCACAGAAUUUUGGAUGUACCCGAUGGCCACCGAGCUCCAGUUCCUUCCCAGCGAUGCAGCAGCAGCUCCCAGAGUGACCCCUCCCCUGCACUCCUGCCCUCAUCUCCGUCACCCUGCUCUUCCUUAUCACCCUUCCCCCUGGGCGAUAUGGCUUCUGACUCUGACGUAGAUGCACUGGGCUACGGUACGCUGUCCCGCUCACCGCCGUUCCCCCUUGGUGGCGCCGUUGACUCCUCCUUCCUGCAGCUGUCCUCCUCCCCCCGCCCCAACAAAAGCUACUCCUUCCAGAGGGAGCCCCCCGAAGGCUGUGAGAGGGUACGCGUCUCUGAGGAUGGCCUCAGCACCUGUCUGGCUGACCGCUCUUUCCCAUUAUCCUGCCCUGACCCCAACAAGGUGAACUUCACUCCACAUGGCGGCUCUGCCUUCUGCCCUGUCAGCCUGUUAAAGCCCCUCCUCCCAUCUGUGGACUUCCUGUUCCGCAGCCUAUCAGUGUCCCCUGUCGCCGGCUGCUCUAGCCAGGGCGCCGCCCCCUAUCAGGUCACCAGCUCAGGAGUGGUUGGGUACCUGGGCCUCCAUGCUGACACUGCUGCCACCACGGCCAUGUGAAGAGAGGUGGAGCCCCCAUAUCAGGGUCAUGUGCACAGGUGUGGGGGGGACAUAAUGGAAUUUAAUGGGAUUGUUACAUUCGUACAGCACUUGGACACACAAGUCUGCCAGUUGAAGGGCACCUGGAGAAACUCAUCCUGUUGUCCGUGGUUGGUGGAGCCACACCAAAAUGCAUUUGAGGAUUCCCCCCCACCCCCGUCAAGUGACUCUGUAAUAUUUAUGAACAGUAUUCCACUGUAACCUUUUGUGUUUCUAAAUGUUACAGAAUGCGCUCUGUAAGUGUGACUGUGAACACAGAAGGGGCGUUUCCAAGUGGCCGGUUAUUUAAAGAGGUUUUUGGUGGAGUUCGAGAAGCACUUAAAGGGACAGACAGCAUUACAGGAGAGGGACUGAGCUGCUAUAAGACGUCAUUUUCAGAUGAGACCUGGGGAAUUUUGGUCAGUUCAUGAUGUCCCAGCUUUUUAGGCAAAUUGACAAAUUACGAAAUAUACUAUCAGGUUUAUUGCUAUGUUUGUCAGCCCUCGUGAAGCACUUUUAUAAUAAAUAUCUGAAUUUUAUGGGCUUAUAUUGAUGGAAUGAAGUCAUUUUUAUAAGAAAUGUCGAGCAGGUUGAACCAUUGUAGUUGUUUUUAUUUUUUUUAUGACAUUUAAAUGGCACUCUAAUGGAAUAUGGCUGACUUCUUAAAUCACAGUGCAUAAAUUGUUUUUGUUCCAAGUUGUAUUUAACUGGAAUAUUCAACUGAAACUGAGCUAGCGCUUUCCUUCUAAACUAUUAGUAUAUCUCAUACAGCAUUCAAUUACAUGAAGGGAAAGAUCUAUGGCCUCACUUUCCAAGCCGAGUGUUCUCUGUGUGUGCGAGCAAAAUGAAAUUGUUUAGGCUUUUCAUUCCAUGUAUCUAAUCUAAUUUGUAUUUCAGAUGUGGAAAUUGCUGAAAAUUUUAGCCUCAUUUGUGUUAGUCAUGUUUAGACAGGAUUGGUGGGUGUUUCUAGUUAAUCUUUUGUUGCCAUAGUGAAAAUACAGAUGUUUUUCUAUGUGGAAAGUGAUGAGGAGAGACUGUCAGAUAUAUUCUACUUCAGAUCUUCUGUAAGGGUAGUGAUACACGGAGCUUCAAGAUAUAGGCUUCAGUAAUGGAAACCGCUCUGCUUGGAGCUUGUUUUUGCUUUAUUGCAAUUUUUGCUUAAGAAAAGUUUCCACCAAAUUUGCUAAGCUGUGUAUUUACAAGUUUGGUAUACGAGUCGUAAGAUUUCUAAAUGGAAUGCAAUGUGUGUAUAAUGAAGUAUACUGAGAAGCUGGAGUGAAAUUUUACUUCUGAAACAGUAAAAACACGGAAGAAUGUAUUGUAAUUGUUUCUGCAUAAGCUAAAAUGUUAACUUUGCUUUUUUGUAUUUAGGAGGUGUAUUGUUUGGCUGUACCGAUUUAAGGUGAUCGUCGUAGGAAUGCACGACUACUAACUUCAGGCUUGUUUUUCACUUCUGCAGGCAAUUCAAACAGCCUGCCUAAGGAUAUUUAUGAAAAUGAUUUUGUCUUUGAACCUUUCUGAUGAUAUUUGCAUACCUUGUGUAUUUAUACCAGCAGAGGAAGGGUGACCUUUAAUGGUGUCAUUCUCACCCCCCCCCCCCCCCAAACAGAAAUGACAUAUUAGUUUUUUUUUUUUUUAUCUUUCUUUAUGCCACUUCCAAAAGUUGGUUUACAACAUUAAACAUAUUUCAUUUUCCAUAUCAACAUUUGUUCUUUCAAUAACGAUUAGGAUAAACUAAUGCCAUUGACUGAGUCACUGUACCACCCAGUUUGCAAUCAAAAAUAAAGUCAUAUGAUCUACAGUA